UUUGCGCCUGUCAAGAUGAGGGGUAAUUUUGCCAUCACUAUAUUCAAUGCUAUUUGAUAGGCUAAUGGUCUUAUAGUUUUCUACUCACUAUAUAUAUACUGUGGUUUUCUAUAUACUAUCGGUAAUGAAUUGUGUCGAAGAAGAUAAUUUUGUGGAAGUCAAAGUAUUAUUUUUCGCCAAAGCCCGUGAAAUUUCUGGAUUAAGUUCAACAACUUUUAUUACUGAACAACACAUACUAGUAUCCAAACUCUUAAACCAGAUUUGCCAAAAAUUUGCAAUUGAUUGUAUAAGGGAUAGUUGUGUUAUAGCAAUAAACGAGUGUUACUGUGAAAAUUUAGUAAAUCUUCACGAAGGUGACGAGGUUGCUAUUAUUCCAACUAUUAGUGGAGGUUAAAAGAUAUGGCUAAUUUUUUGUC